CUCGAGACGCGAACCGAUAAUCUGCCUUGAGCUUCCGCCGUGCACCAUAUAAAUCGAGAGAGAGAUGGUCAUGGUUUUCCAGUCCCGCUCGCCACCAUGUACGCACGGACGCCACUCUCCUUGCCCUCCCUCCUCGCGCUCGCCGCGCUCGUCUUCUCGACCCUCUUCGCUGCGGCGUCCCCGACGCUCGAGAAGCGCGCGUCGCGCACGAGCCCCCCGUCGGGCGCCCUGGUCGUGAACCCGGCCGGCGGCAGCGGUGUGUACAAGACGGUCUCAGCGGCCGUCGCUGCGCUGCCGAACGACAGCUCCGCGCGUAGCAUCUUCAUCUACGCCGGGACAUACAACGAGCAGGUGUACAUCACCCGUGCGGGCAUGACCACCAUCUACGGAUACACAACGAACACCGCCGACUACAACUCGAACGUGGUCAACAUCCAGCACUCCCUCUCCGCAGCGGCGGCUGGCAGCGACGAUCUCAGCGGCACGCUCCGGGUGCACAAGGACAACUUCGCGCUGUACAACGUGAACGUCAAGAACACCUUCGGCAAAGGCUCGCAGGCGAUCGCCGUCAGCGCGUACGGCACUAACCAGGGUUACUACGCCGUCGGAAUGUACGGAUACCAAGACACCCUACUUGCGGAGAGUGGAAAGCAGUACUACGGACACAGCUUCAUCCAGGGCGCUGUCGACUUCAUUUUCGGGCAGCACGCCUUUGCGUUCUUCCAGGCCUGCACCAUCGCCUCGAACGGCGCCGGCAGCAUCACCGCGCACGGUCCGGCCAGCGCCACUGAUGGUAUCUAUGUGAUCAACCAAGCCACCCUCACGACUGCGUCGGGUGCGGGCUCGCUGACCGGCCAGGUCUACCUCGGCCGUCCGUGGUCGCAGUACGCUCGCGUCGUCUACACCAACACGAACAUGGGCGCGCACAUCAACGGCGCUGGUUGGUCGCAGUGGAGCUCGGCGACGCCGAACACGGCCCACGUGCUCUUCGCGGAGUACAAGAGCUCUGGAUCCGGAGCCUCUGGAACCCGGGCAUCGUUCUCCAAGAAGCUCUCGUCCACAUCGGGUUACACGAUCCAGGACGUCUUGGGCAGCCACGCGUGGGUUGACACGGCCUACCUGUGAUUAUGCUAUCAGUAGUAGGCACAAAUUAUUAUCUGCUGAAAGAUA